AUGGAGCUGGAAGAACUUAGUGCAGAUAUGGAAGAGGACACAGGGACGACGGAUGAGGUAGAUAAUGAUGAUGGCUUUGUUGACGAGGUCGAGUUGUUGGACAAGAAAGAGCGGGCCGCACUAAACAAAGAGAUAAGACCAGUCAAAUUAGCACUUGUCAAAAUUCUAAAGGACGCUACACUUUACUUCUCGCGUGCAACACCUACUAACCUUGCGACAGUGAUACCAGCAAUGGAUCACGUCGACAAGAUGCUCAUGUCCUAUUCGUGCAACAAGAAAUAUCUGCCUUCAAUUCAUUCAGCAGUUCAGCUCACAAAAAAGACACUCAACCGGUCUCACACAUAUCGGAUCUCCAUGGUAUUACAUCCCCAACACAAGCUAUUAUACUUCAAGGCAGCAGACUGGGAAGACAACUAA